AUGCAACUUCAGGCUGAGCGGGACUACUUUGUUCACGGUGGCAUUGGUGGAGGUUCGUCUUCUUCUUCGUCCUCUUCCUCCUCUCCAUCAUGCUCACCACCCAAAGAGUCUCCUCUCUCGCUCAUCAAAGUUAAUAAUCUCAAGAAGCCCAGAACCAAGGCCAGAGAAGAAAAGGAAAAGAGAAAGGCUAGUGAUGUCGAUACGGCUUCUGCUGUUUCAUCAUCAGUCGCCUCUGCUAUCCCAUUGGGCCAGCCCUCACAUAAUCUGAAUGGAGACAUCAAUGUCACAAUCGACAUUGAUGUUAACGUGAACAGAGAUAUUAACCCGAGAAAAAACGCCACCGAUAUCUCGAAAACAGAUACACUUUGCAACUGCCAGGAGACAGAGCAAAACAGCAUCAAAGCUGAAGCUAUGGUAGAGACCCAGUCUAAUCAUUUGCACACAGAACCGAUGGAUUCAGAGUCAACCUCGGCAGACUUGGCGCCCCAGUUACCAUCAUCCUUGCAACCUGCAUCCUCUUUUUUAUCGUUGUAUCCAUUGGCUAUUCCUGCACCUCCACCUGCACCCACUGCUUCCUCUGCCAUCUCAAAACAUGUCCAUGCUACCAUAACUGGUCAUACCAAGAGUGUCUCUAGGCACCAGGAACAAAACAGCGUGCGAUCUCCGCAGAAGAAUGUCCCUGCCAUGGAUACAUCCAUAUCUUAUUCUUCCUGCAAGACUAUACCAGUAUCCUCUUUGAUACCCGUAUCAGCAGGCGCUGCUGCUUCCACCAUUCUGCUCUCCACGAGGGAGGACGUAUCCUCGUCUAUUCAUGGAUAUGUACCAAGUGGCUCCUUGUCCAUCCUUGCAACGGAUCGUCUUUCGCAACUUCCUUGGGAACUUUUGUUCCAUAUAUUUUGCCUGCUUGAUGCGUUUGAUUUGUCCUGUGUAGCUCAGGUGGUUGCACCACAACAAACAGUAGGCAAAUACAUGUUCAUGUACACAGGCAUCCGUGCUCAUUGUAUUUAUGCAUCAUUGUUGGCUCCAAUCAAAGUCCAGGUCUCCCUCGACUUUAAUUUCUGUAUUCAAGGAGAAUCUUGUGGCUUCGCCACAAUUGACUUUCCUUUGAUAUCACUGAGUAAUUCUUGCUACGCGUGCCUUCCUCACACCUUCUCGCUGUUUAUGUUAUUAUGCUACUAG